AUGGAGGUGCCUGCACCCCCACCGCCUCCGCCGCCGGACGACGUCGCGGGCGGCGGUACCGCGCCGGUGAUCGACGUGACGUCCAUCGAGCUGAACCCAGUGGAGGAAUGUGCCUUUGAGGCCGGCCUCGGUCUUGCAAUCGGCUUUACCUCGGACAGCCAGCUUUCUGGCUUCAACUGGCGCGUUAGUUAUGUGGUGGACACUGCCAAGCGGCGCUACAUUGUUCAGGUUGGCUCAACGGAACCUGCAGACUACGCGCCUGGCAUGAAUGCGAUGACCUUCGUCGCGGAGGGCUUGAGCAUUGACGAAGUGCCGAAGGCGCUAUGGCAGCAGAGCAACGGUCUAUUGCAGCUGGCGCUGACAAGUCCCAGUGGUGAAGAGGUUAUGGCGGUGAACAUGGUGGUGCAAAUACGCGUGGAUGAAACCGGCUCGCUGCGACGCUUCAUUUUCAACCCCAUGGCGCGCCGUUUCAUCAGCGGCAAGAUGUCACAAGUGGCGCGCUUCGCGUGCGGGAGAAGCUUAACGAAGCUCAGAAGAGGCUUUGGCAAUUCAUUCCUGGUCGCUGAUGGGUUGAAUCCCUUCAAGUCGGCUCGACAGGAUUACGAGAAACGUGCGCAGAUGAGGAAGUUGGGACACCCAAUGCCAGGGCUUUACGAAGAGCUCUCCAGCAAGUUGGCCUCCGCUGAAAUUGAGGUGGAGAAAGCAGGCAUGAUGACGGCUCCCAUGGGUUUUGACAGCCAAGAGAGCGUGAAGGCUGGAAUAGGCUGGAUAGAUCUGCAGGAAACAGAGUCGUCCCUGGCAACGGCCCAGUCGAUGUUGGCGCAAACGCAUCGCCAAGUAGAGUCGAAGUUGCGACAGAAAGAUGUGGAAGUCUCUUCCGAAUUCAAGGGUUUGCUGGAACGCUGCAAGCUGGGGCAAGAGAAGCUGGACGAAGUUCGCAAGGCUUUGCGCGAGACGCAGGUGCGAAUCGCGGCGGACCUCUUGAUGAAGGAGGUUUCAGACCGGGUGGCAAAUGCCGAAGAUGAAAUUCAAAAGAUGGCCGAAGCGGAGCUUCCUUUCCUCCGCAGUGACAAAGAUCAGGACCUGGCAACGCUCUUUAGCGAGGCCGACAAGGUCUCCGUGCAGGUCCAUGGGGUGCUGGCGGAGACGCAGAGCUUCGUGGCGCGGAAGAUGGUGGAGGUGGCCAAGUACUCUGAGGGUCCAGGGCAAGCAGUGAAGGAGGAGGUCGAGAUGCUUCAGAAGCGCCUGGAAGAAGGUCGUGAACGACUGCAGCAGUUCAGGAGCAACAUUGCGGACCGGAAGCGCACGCAUCUGUUGGAAGAGGUGGAAGUGAAGGUUCUAGUGGCGGAGGAAGAGGUGAAAAAGAUGACGGAUGUGGCCAACGUUCUUCCAGGUCUAGGCAAAGCAGGGGAGAUCCUCACUGAGCAGCUCGGAGAGACCCUGGAGCAGGCCAACCAAGCUGAGCGUGCGGCGCAAGCCAGCGUGGUCACAGCGAGAAAGUUUCUCUUGCAGAAAACGGCCGACCUGAAGAAGUUGGCCAUGGCCGGAGCCAGUGGUGGCUCCGGCAGCGAGCUGGGACGUUUGCAGACGCGGGUGAAUGGUAUGCAACAGGAGAUUGCAAAGCUUCGAAACAACAUUUCCCUGGCUGAGGAGCGUCAGCGUGUGAAGCAGCAACUGGCCGAGGUGGUCGAGAAGCUUCAGAUGGUGGAGACGGAGGUCGAAAAGGUGGCUGCCGUUCCGGACAAAGACUUUUCCACCGAACAGCUGCAAAGCAUUGAGAAGGCGAAUGGUUCUGUGAAGGUGAAAGUGGAGCAGUUGGGAAAAUUGAUUGACAUCAAGCUGAAGAGCGCCAGUGGCUUUAUGCAAGAGGAGCUCACGGCUCUGCGGUUACGGCUCUCCAAGGCCGAAAAGAAGCUGGACAAGAUGAUCCAAGCGGCUCAAGAGCAGAGGGAACGCAUCUUGGCCACGGAACUGGUGGCCCAGAGCCGCGAACUGGUGGAGAUCAGCGAGACGGAGCUGAGAAAGGCUUCACAAGCAGAGUUGCCCUUCCUCAAGGGCUUCGAGAUUCAGCUGGCAGAGAUGCAUAAGUGCAUCGGUGAAUGCGAGGCUGCUGCCGCGCAAACCAAGAAGGCCAUCACGCAGGCUCGCAGCUCCACCAUGGAGAACUUGGCCAAGGCCAAGAGCUUCGCGGAGAGCGUCAGCAGCGGAUGUAGCAAGGAGUUGAUGGCGCUCCAGAAACGCUUGGAUCAGAUGGCCGCAAAGCUCACAGCGCUCAACAAGGAGACCACCGAGCGAAAACGCAAGGUGCAGUUGCAGAAUAUCAAAGAGAAAAUCUCUUCAGUAGAAGAAGCAGUCAAGAACUUCGAAGAGAAAGUCAAAGGUUUGAACGACACCGAAAUCUUGCUGUCCCUCCAGAGCUCCGAGGAGGCGAUUGCACGUUUCAAGGAAGCCACCAGCUUGGAGGAUGCUGCCAAGGUGUUGAUCGACGGUGCCCGGAAAAUUUUGGCCAAGGCCAAUAGCGAUGCUAAGACGCUCUCAGAGUCACAGCGCGUGCCUUUCAUGACUGAAAUGGGGAAGCUUCAGUCCAGACUGACACCAGUGCAGGUGCAAUUCAAGAAGCUCUCAGUGGACUGCACCACUGCGGAGCAUGGCUAUGUGGCGCACAGCUUGUCUAAGGAAGUGGAAGGCAGCCUGAAACGCAUGACUGAGCAGAAGGACCUGGCUGCAGAGGCGUGCAGCGGAUUGCUGGAAGAGAUUGGUCAUAGCAAGGUGCUGGCGGUGCUGCGACGCGACGCAUUGGUGGAUGUCUUGCAGGAUCUAUUGAAAUUUGUGACGCUAGAGGAGCUCUGGGCGGACUUGGCGGCAGGUGCCGAUUCGGUGCAACAGAAGGAGUUCGGGGAGCGGUUGCGAACGAGGUUGGGUUCCCUUCCCUUCGGGGCGUGCAUCACCCAGGACCAUUUGGCAUCAGUUUGGCCGCUGCUGGGGCUCUCCGAUGGCGGUCUGACGGAGGCGGCCUUCAAGGCCCUCCUCCGAGAUCGCCGUCUGGUGCUACAGCCCGCCACGCUGUGGGACGCGCCCGAAGGGGGAGAACACGUGUCGAAGCUCUAUCAGGGAGAACAUGUUCAAGUGGUAGAAGACCACCCAGGUGAGCGCCUCCAUUGCCGUGUGCUACGUGAUGGUCGCUCCUUUUGGGUGGACGGUGGAAACGAUGGCGAAGGACGCGAUGCGCUUUGCUCAGUGGCAGUGGCAUCGCAGUUGGAGAGUCUACAGACAUUCAUCAAGGCUCUGGCGGCCGAGUGUGGCAAAGCCGCCACAGAGUGCGAGCAGAAAGCUGCUAAGGUGGCCAACGUGGCAGCGACCUCCAAACUGCUUCCUGCGCGGAACACCUUGUUGGAGGCGUCCAAGAAGAUGAAACAGGAGAAAUCCAACUUGGACGAGUUGCAGAGUCGAUUGACCGCGGCCAAGGAUGCAGCCCUUGAAGAACACCAAACGGAGGUGAAACAACUGGAAGAAGCGAAGGCCCAGGCAUAUAUGGAACAGUGCAUUGGUAAAGCCACGGAAGCCGUGAAGGGCGCAGAAGCCACGAUCCAGGAGGUUGCUGAGAAGUCGAAGGAGUGCUCUGUAGAGUUCAUGAAGGAUAUGCCGGCAGCAGACAUGGAGGCUCUCAUGAAACUGAGCCAAAGUGCCAAAGACAUGGUGCAGAGUGCCCAGGCCACCAUCAAGGAGAUCGAAGGCUCCUUUGCGGAGGAACGUGUGGGGCGAGGCUCCAGACGCUUCAUGCUGCAGGUGCGGGUCACCUUGACCCGCUUGAAGGCUGUGCUGAAGACUGCGGCAGAACGUAGCGAUCAGUGGCAUGAAAGCAUCUCCAGCAGCUUUGAGCAGGUGCAGCGGAGGCAUCUCCGCAGCGCCAAGAUGUCCUUGCGUUUCGCCUUCCGACGGAGCCAAGUGUCACCGGACGCGGCCUUUCAACAAGUGGCCAGGGGCAAUAGCAAGAUCUCCAAGGAGGAUUUCCUGAGCUUCGUUGCCACGUUGCCCGAGGGGCACGGCGACAUUCCAGUCAGCCAGGAGCAGGCCUCGAUGGUCUUCGAUGACUUUGGAAAGCUUGGGAUGCAGAAAAUCAACUUCUUGAAGGCCGUUCAGGAAUAUGGUGUCUGCUCCAAGGAGGUGACCAUGACCUCCAGCUUCAGCAUCGAGAAUUCGCAGAGAAUUCGCAAGCUCCUCAUCGGUGAGAACGUGGAAAUCUUAGAAGGCUCCAAAGAGGAUGAUGAGGCCAAAGUCCAACGGGUGCGUUGUCGCGCUUUGAAAGAUGGGAGCACUGGUUGGGUCACUGUGAAAGGUAAUCAGGGCACCUCCUUCUUGAAACCAAAGGAGAAACCCAUCGUCCGCUGCGUGGCCCCCGUGAACCUGAAAGACCGCAGCGACGACGCCGCGGCGACGCUGCGGCAGCUGCAGCCCCAAGAGUUGCUGGAGCUGCUGGAAGGUCCACGGCACCCCACCUUCGACGACCAGAUCUUCCUGGAGGGUUCUGUGACGGAGGGUGGUUCUUCGGGCGUGGUGGAAGGCUUCGUGUGGAAGGAGGCCUUGGAAAAGUCGAAAAGCAGUGGCAGCCAGCGACACUUUGUGUGCAAGUCGGGCAUUGCCAUGACCGACGUCUACGACAUCAACAAUUGCAAAGUUGUUGGUAAAAUCCAGGUGGACGAGGUCCUGGAGUCUUUGGACGAUGAAGCCAACAGCAGUGGACCCCUUCCACGACGUCGCUUCAAGUCCAAGGCGUUGGACAAGGAGGGCUGGGUCACCCUGCAAGGGAACGCAGGCACUGUGUACGUGGUGGAGAGUGAGCGACACUACAUCCUUGAGUCUCCGGUGCCUCUGCUGCCCGCUGCUGACCUGAAGGCUUCGCCGAAAGGAGAGCUGAAAGCCGGUCAGCUCUUUGAGGUGAAAAAGCAGGUGACGGUGAAGCGGCCACCUCAGGUGCAGAUGCAGGCCCGUGCCCUCAGCGACGAGAGCGUGGGUUGGAUCUGCUUCCAGCCUGGUCCCAACGCGCCGGUGACGUCGGUGAAGGCGGAGGUGAAACCCUUGGAAAAUCAGGUGCUCUUGGCUGAGUUGAACCAGCUGAAAGAUGAGCAGCAAGCGUUGAAGUACUGCUUGAUGUCAACUGGUCUCCUCACACAGGGCGACCUGGCGCGCCACGUUCCAACGGACCCAGAGCGGAGCGCCACGGGCGCCACGUUCCAACGGCUCUGCCGGGCGCCGCACGUGGUCCGCAGCGUAGCCCAAUUCCUGGGCUCAGACGUGCUGCACUUCGCUAGCGCCUCGCGGACGGCCUCUUCGGCCUGCCGAUCGGUCCUGCUGAUGGCGGAGGUUCCUCCUGUGGGACUCUUCAGCAGGCCAUUCUCGAGCAGCCGAGGCACAUUCGAGAAAACCGCCCAGGAAAGUCCGGCAAGCCCCAGCGUGCCGUGCACCGGCACGGGCCUGACGGGCACCGCGGUGAAGGUACCAAGUCGCGGUCUCACCUCAAGGCUCUUUGGGAAGCUUUGGCGCACCGAGGAUGACAAGUCCUGCGUGGUCUCAGAGGUGAUGCAGCUCAGAGAGGUUCUGCGCAGCAUCGGGCAAACGGCUGGCGCCACCGCUGCCUUUCAGUUAUGCGAGGCGUGUCGCGCGUGUAAUGAGGCGUUGAGACCGAUCUUGCCGCUCAUCUCUCAGGAGGCGCCGCAGAUCUACGUCUCUGGUGGCAGUUCUGGGAUGGCGAUGGAUUCGGCUGAGCGCUUCGAUCCCAGGACAGGACUAUGGGAGACUUUGCCCUCAAUGUGCAUACCUCGACGUGCGGGUGCCACAGCCUCAAUUGGUGGAAGGUUCUACGUCCUGGGUGGCGUGGACGUGCCACGCUUCAUGGGGAUGGACCGGGCUCCAUGGAGCUACGAGGAGCGGUUGAACUUUUUUCAUGGUGGUUUUAUGGUGGGUUAA